AUGGUAGUAAGUAGUUUUUGAUUUAUUAAAUACAGUUAUAUAUUACAAUUAUAUAUUUUUGUUAUUUAAACUACAGUAGAGUCUCACUUAUCCAACAUUUGCUUAUCCAACGUUCUGGAUUAUCCAACGCAUUUUUGUAGUCAAUGUUUUCAAUACAUCUUGGUAUUUUGGUGCUAAAUUCGUAAAUACAGUAAUUACUGCGUAGCAUUACUGCAUAUUGAACUACUUUUUCUGUCAAAUUUGUUGCAUAACAUGAUGUUUUGGUGCUUAAUUUGUAAAAUCAUAACCUAAUUUGAUGCUUAAUAGGCUUCUCCUUAAUCUCUCCUUAUUAUCCAACAUAUUCGCUUAUCCAACGUUCUGCCGGCCCGUUUAUGUUGGAUAAGUGAGACUCUACUGUAUAUAUAUAUUAUGAAAUUAUGGUUUUUUCUUUCGAAGUGACACACUACCCAAGUCAUGCUAGAUUUUUUUGGUGAAUUUUGACACACCAAGAGCAAAAGCUUGCCCAUCCUUGUCCUAGGUUAAAAUCAAGUGAGAUUAGUCAACUGAAGCAACAGGUUCAUAUGGGCUUGGAUGAUGUUGAUGAUGACUGUCACCGUCGGAUUCAUGUCAUGUUUCUCCUUGCCUUGCAGUUACCUCUAAGCGUUAUCCAGGAUGACCCAUCCAUCCGCUGACUACCUCUCUUCCUCCGUCCCCUACAACUAUGACCAGCCCCUUCCCCCUUUGGCCCGGACGAAUGCCGUCACCCAGGUGCCCCCGGCCAAGAAGAUAACCUUCUACAAGAGUGGGGACCCUCAGUUCGGAGGGGUCAAGAUGGCCAUCAACCAGCGCAGCUUCAAGAGUUUCAACGCCCUCAUGGAUGACCUCUCCCACCGGGUGCCCUUGCCUUUUGGGGUGCGGACCAUUACGACGCCACGGGGCAUUCACUGCAUCAGCACACUGGAUCAGCUGGAAGACGGCGGCUGCUACCUCUGCUCGGACAAGAAAUACGUCACGCCCAUCAGUAUUGGGGCUGCCCACCGGAGGACAGGUUCGCAGAAGACCAGCGCUUUGAGGAAGGCAGCCCAGGAUGCGAAGCAGGACGACCACUCCAUGGGUUUCACCCAACAGAGCCCUAGGAUACCCAAGAAGGUGACUCUGGUCAAGAAUGGAGAUAUCACUGCCCAACGGCCCAUUAUCCUCAACCGGAGGAAUGCCCGGAGCCUCAAAGCCCUCCUGGAUGAGAUCUCAGAUAUUAUGCAGUUCACCGUGAAGAAGCUAUUCACAUUGGAUGGGAAGAAGAUUGACAGCAUGCAAGCCCUGUUGCACUGUCCGAACGUGCUGGUCUGUGUUGGACGGGAGCCUUUCAAGCCGAUGGUGAAGGAAAACCCAAGGAAACACUCCUCGGAGAAACUGCCCGGCCUGACAUCCCGAUCCAGCAGCAACAACAAUGGUGAAAACCAAGAAAUGAACUUCGGACUGGAAGCCAAAAAGAGCGUGAUGCACCCACGGUCAUCCUUGAGCAAUCGGUCUCAGAGGUUUUCCUUGUCGUCGGAAAAAUCCUCCACAAAUGGCCUGACGACGUCGCCGGAGAACGGCGCUCCGUUUCCACGCAACUGUCCGCACUCCAAAGCGGGGGAGCCGACCCAUUCUUUAAUCAAUGACGACAUAGAGAAGAAGGUUCAUGUGAAUAAAGAUGGCAGCUUGUCUGUCGAGAUGAAAGUACGCUUCCGUCUGCUCAAUGACGAGACACUGCAUUGGUCCACGCAGCUCAAGAAGUCCAUGAAUAAGAUACCUGGCGAAGAACUGAGUGUCAGCAACGACAAUGGAUUGGAGCUCACGGAGAACCCAGAAGCCAGCUCAGAACUGGAUGAUGCUUCCCUUCUCUAUCCCUGCGAUAUUGAUUCUUACAUGUCCAAUGUUGAUGAGUCUGAGCUCGACGAGGUCCGUUGCCGUAAUUGUGGGAAGCUGUGCAAGGACUACGAUAUCUGGAAGAACCCCAUGCACAUUUCUCAGAAAGAGGAGCCAGGGGUGAAGAGCACUUGGUACACCCAUUCGUCAUGCUCAAGCACUUCGUCCCACCGGAGGAUCGUCCGCAAAAAGGUGGCCUCUGUGGACAGCAUCCGUACUUCAUCCAGCGGAGAGGAAUAUUCCAAGCAUGUGGUCAGAGAAUCUUCUCAUUACUCAGAGACUGUAGAGAAUAUGGUAGAAUACCGUACAGUCAAAAAUUGCUGCUGUCAAGGUGGUUGCGGCGAGUCCAACACAAGCCAAAGGGGAACGCCAGAAGCAAUGGAUGGCAUAGCCAACUCAGUCAAUCAGCAAAACGAGGAAGAUGCAGCAGAGGGACAAGAAAAUAUCAACACUGGUGGCCGACCAGGGAGUAACAGAUCAAAAUCCUCUCAAGGUUCAGCAGAAAGCCAGAUAAGAAUCUGUGACAAAUCCAGCAGUUUGGCAAGGACCAUUUCGUCUGGCAGCAUCAAGGAAAGAGGAGAACUAGAAGAUGUUGUUGCCUGCUCAUCCCCUCCGAACAGCAUCUACAGCAAAUCCGGAAAGGGCAGUGUACUUGACGGAGCACAGGAAAAUGUGGAUGAGGUUUCAGAGAAUGACCACCCAGUUUCUUCUGUCUCCAUGGAUUCUUGUGCUAGGAAAGAUGCAGCAGAGGAUGAAGCUGAAAAGGAGGAUGAAGAGAUAAAUGAAAUAUAUUCUGUUUCAGAAAAUCCAGGCUCCAACCCAUCUGUCAAAGAUGAUGCCAGUGAGUGCGGAAGGUCUUCUACAGCAAGGUCCAUAAGGUCUGAAUCUAGUGCUGGAAACCAUAGAAGAAAGAACAGCAAUGAAGUUCACCUGUGCAGUGCUGCGUCGGCUUCCUCCAGAACUUCCAAGAAGAGCAAGCCAAGCCAAAAUCACCUGGAGGUGGCAUCCAACAGGUCCGUUGCGUCAUCUAGAGGGUCCACCUCCAGUAAGAAGAAGAAGAAACCGAAUAGUUCUUUCCAGGCAGAAGAUUCAAGGUCCAAUAGCAGGGCUUCUCAUUAUUCCAGAAGCUCACACGAAGUGGAGAAAAGAGAUUCUGGCCAUGCAUCCCAAGAUUCGAGUCGUCCUCACUCACAUGGGUCAUCCUUAAGUGAGGCAGCAGCUCCUCCAGCUUACAAUGAAGGCAGUACGAGCAGUCUUUCCAGGUGCUACAGCAAGUCCUCCAGAAACAGCCAGAAGGAGAAUCAGAUAGAAGGCUCCAUCAAAGUACCAUCUCAUUGUUCCAGCUUUUCAGACUGUGGUGGGGAAAAUGGAGAUGGAAUUCCUAAAAUUGGCUCUCCAGAAGGCUCUUCACCGAAGGGAGAUGUGUCUGAAUCCACCUGCUCAAAAUGUGGCCACAUUACAAAACCCUGUCGUGAUGACCUUCGAAGCACUAGUUCAAAGGUUUCUUCACAUUCUGAAGGUAGGAGCAGAUGUGCAGAGACGGAGGCUUCAAGGAGAAGUGAUGAUGCUUGCUCACAGUCAAGCAUAGCAAUGUCUUCCAAACCAAGACGAAAGAAAGCCAACAGCCUCCAUGCUGAUAUUGAAGGUUCUAGCCAAGUUUCAGCCUCUGAAUCCAUGUACAGUUUGCGCUAUCCCUCUCCCCCGAAAGGGAGGCCUAGUAGCAGAAAAAGUAGGACUCUGCUCCUGAAGAAGAGCUCUAAAGGGACCAGUGCGUGCACAGAAUCCGAACUGAUUGCAGACAAGGAAGAGAAAGAAGCGACUGCCUCACAACCUCCUGAAGCUUUGAAUGCAGAGGAGGGGUCAUGCCAAGUGAAGCUACAAGAAGAGGCAGAAAUGGAGACUUCUGCUUCCUGUGGUGGUGACCAAAUCAUCCCUUCUUCUUUGCCCAAUGCCUCUCUGGAAGAAGUUGUUCAUGAAUGGCUACGAAAGAUUCCAUCUGAGACUCUGCUGAUGAAAUGUGAGAUGCAAGACGAUGGAGAAGGUGCAGAAUUAGAUGCAGAGAUAACGGGCUGUUCGACCAGCCAGGAAUUGCUGGAGGGAGACUCAGAGGAGAAGAAAGAGGACACCAAGGAAGUUGAAAGCACUGCAGAUGCUGUUGAACCCAUGGCUGAAGGAGCAGAAGAGGAGGCAGUCAAUGAAGAACCAAAGGAGGAUCUUAGUGAAGAGAAGGUUUCUGAAACUGUUGUAGAAGAGAUGGAAGCUGAAGAAGCCAUGUGCAACCUCUCUGCCCUCACCAGCCAAAAGAACCACAAAAAGGACUUGCCCAGCAAUGUUCAGACUUCUGUCCAGAUCAUGAAAGCCCUGCUGGCAUCAAAACAAGAGGCAAAGAUGGACCGAGCUCAUAGUUUGCCAGAGGUAUCUCCAACAAUGGGGAGAAAGCUCAGCAACUCAGCCAAUAUUUUGAUCACCUGCCUCGCAAGCCUUCAGUUCCUUGAUGAAGAGCUAGACCCAUCCAACAAAUCAAGUAAAGGUCUCAAUAGGCCGAGAUAUACAGAGCUCUUGAAUAUUUUCCAGGCUCUCUGGUGUACUGGGCACACAUCAGAAAAAGGGGGGCCAAGUAAUGGCAUAGGAGAAGAGAGCCCAGCAAAAGUGUCAGCUGGUUACAAAGGCCACUGUUCAAAAGAUGGCGAUUUCACCCCCAUGUCCUCUUCAGGGGUUGAUGUGAGUAGUGGUGAUGGGGGUUCAGGAGAAGGGAGCGUGGCUGGUGGUCAGGAUCAUGCCUUGUCAGAAGAGAAAACAGAAGAAGCUAAACCUGCCGAAGAAGAUGUAGAAAACACUGAACUGGAAGUUAGGAAUGAGGAUGACAAAGAAGGAGGAGAUGAAGAAGUGGAAUGUGUUGGUGGUGAGGAAGCAGCUGAAACCACAGAAGACUGUGAAAUUGAACAGGCAGGUGAAAAAGAAAUUGCUGAAGAGGGAGCAAUGGAAGAAAGUGACCAACAAGAAAAUGAAAAUGUAGAGUGUGGUGAAGUAAAUGCUGAUGGUGAUACCAUCCAAGUGGAAGCUGAAGAGAAAGCAGUGGAAGAACCUGGCCAGCAAGAAGAUGAAAAUGUUGAGGGUGGAGAAGCAGAUGCUGAUGGAGAUACUGUUCAAGUGGAAGCUGAAGAGGAAGCAGUGGAAGAAACUGGCCAGCAAGAAGAUGAAAAUGUUGAGGGUGUGGAAGCAGAUGCUGAUGGAGAUACUGUCCAAGUGGAAGCUGAAGAAGAAACAGUGGAAGAAACCGGCCAGCAAGAAGAUGAAAAUGUAGAGGGUGGAGAAGUGGGUGUUGAUGGAGAUACCGUCCAGGUGGAAGCUGAAGAAGAAACAGUGGAAGAAACCGGCCAGCAAGAAGAUGAAAAUGUAGAGGGUGGAGAAGCGGAUGUUGAUGGAGAUACCGUCCAAGUGGAAGCUGAAGAGGAAGCAGUGGAAGAAACCAGCCAGCAAGAAGAUGAAAAUGUUGAGGGUGUAGAAGCAGCUGCUGAUGAAGAGACUGUCCAAGUGGAAGCUAAAGAAGAAACAGUGGAAGAAAUCAGCCAGCAAGAAGAUGAAAAUGUUGAGGGUGUAGAAGCAGCUGCUGAUGAAGAGACUGUCCAAGUGGAAGCUGAAGAAGAAACAGUGGAAGAAAUCAGCCAGCAAGAAGAUGAAAAUGUUGAGGGUGUAGAAGCAGCUGCUGAUGAAGAGACUGUCCAAGUGGAAGCUGAAGAGGAAGCAGUGGAAGAAACUAGCCAGCAAAAAGAUGAAAAUGUAGUGGAUGGAGAAGCAGAUGCCGAUGGAGAGACUGCCCAAGUGGAAUCUGAAGAGGAAGCAAUGGAAGAAAAUGUCCAGCAAGAAGAUGAAAACGUGGAGGGUGGAGAAGUGGAUGCUGAUGGAGAGACUGUCCAAGUGGAAACCCAAGAAGAUAGUCUUGUUAAAGAAGCAGAAGACAGCCCUAGUCAAGAGAAUGUUGACCAAGUGACUGAAGAGCCAAGCAACCAUGAACUAAUUGAAGAGCCAGGCCACAAUGACCCAAGUACCAAGGAGGGUAAUGAGCAGGAAGAGCCUGAAAUAGGUGGAGAAAAGCAGUCUGAAGCUGAUGCUCAACCCAGCAGCCAGAUAAUUCCCCUGCAAACUCCAGUUAAAGUUUCCCCCAUAGUCCAACAAAAGUCCAUUGACCCUGAUCCCAUCUGGGUGCUGAAACUUUUGAAGAAGAUUGAGAAGGAAUUCAUGACUCACUACGUCAACGCCAUGAAUGAGUUCAAGGUGAAAUGGAACCUGCCCAACACUGACGAGGUGAACGUGAUGAUCUCCGAGUUGAAGGAAGAAGUGAAUCGGAGGAUACAAAAGAGCAUUGAGAAGGAACUGAAGAAAAUCAGAAGCAGGGCAGGCCGAAUGGUACCAAGACCUCCUGAUGAACUACAGCGUGAGUCUACCCUUCAGGUGGAAAACCGCCGCCGCCGCUUGCAGAGCAUUCGUAAAAUGUCCCUCUACAAUGACCAGAAUGCAAACCAGAGUAACCCGCAAGAGACGUUCUCUUAUGAGAUGGGUGAAGACUUCAUUUUUAGUACCAUUAGAGAUGAUGACAGCGAGUUGCCUAGUGAGGAGGAGUAUUGCCCAUGUGAUGCCUGCAUCAGGAAGAAAAUAGAGGCCAGAGCCUUGCGUGGCCCAGUUGUUCUACCAGUGGCAGCAAAUGCACCUGUUGUGAAGGCUUUUGACCUCCACCAGAUCCUGAAGAUGAAGAAAGGCAGCAUUCCUGAGAAGAUGGUGGAGAACAGUAUCCCUGAAGAAGACCAGGGCGAAGAAGCUGAAGGGAAGACCGAUGAACCUGAGGUCGGUCAGGAAACAGAACCUGAUGAGGGAAAAGAAGCAGGUGAAACCGAUGAGAAAGAGGAAGAAGAGCAAGAAGUGAACGAAGAUGAAGCUGAAGUUCUCCCUGAUGAAACACUUGAAAAUCAGAACUGUGAAGAAGUUGAGGGAGGGGAAGCAACAAAUGAAGAAGCAGAAGAGGAAACCAAAGAAGUGGGAGAGGAAGAUGGAGACGAGGGAAAGGAAGGGGAAGUUGCAGGAGAAGAAGAAAAAAAGGAGGGAGAUGAGAAAGAAGAAGAGACAGAAGAUGUGAAGGAGGAAGAGGAGGAAGUGGAUGCGAAAGUAGAGGAAGAGGAGGAGCCUGUGAAAGAAGAAAAUGAAGGGAAAGAAGUAGAAGAGGGAGAUGUAAUUGAGGAAGAAGAAAAGGAGGAAGUGAGUGUGAAAGAGGAAGAGGAAGCAAAGGGGGAAGAACUGGAACUGGAAGAAGAAAAGGAAGAGAAAGAAGCAGAGACAGAGGAAGUGGAAGCAGGAGAAGAAAUGGAGAAGUCUGUGAAAGAGGAGGAAGAAGAGAAGGUCGAAAUGGAGGAAGAAAAGGAGGAAGAGUCUGUGAAAGAGGAAGGAGAAGGGGAUGCAGAAGAAGAAACGGAAGGUGGAGUAGAUGAAGAACAGGGAGGAGGAGAAGUGGCUCCUGAUGAAGCAAAGGAAGAAAAGGAGGAGAAAUCUGUGAAAGAGGGAGAAGAGGAAGUAGAACAAGAAAAGGAAGGAGGGGAAGAAGGAGAAGAUGGGGGAGAUGAUGUGACUCUUGAUGAAAUGGAAGAAGAAAAAGAGGAAAUAGAAGGAGGAAAGGAAGGAGAGGAGGAGGAGGAAGCAGAAGAGGGAGGAGAAGAAGUGGCUGGCGAGGAUAAUAAUCAGGAAGAAGAAGAAGACAAAAAUGAAGAAGAAGAGAAAGAUAUAGACGAAGAACAAAAGGAAGAUGAAGAAACGGAAGAAGAACCCAAAGUGGAAGAUGAAGCAGAUGGUGCAGCAGUAGAACCAGAAGCACGAGAAGGAGAGAGCCAAAAAGAUCCAACUGAAGAUGCAGAAAACGCUGAUGAUGCUGGAGGCUUGGAAGAAGAGGCUGCAGAAAAGGAGACUGAAAUUGAGGAAGACACUGAAGGUGGUGGUGGAGCGGAAGUGGUGGAGGAGGAGGACGCCAAGCCAGAAGAAGACUGCGAAGCUUGUUCCAUAACAGCAGCAGUAGAAGAAGGUGAAAACAAGGAAGGUGAGGAUGAAGCUGGGGAGAAGGAAGAGGAAGCUGAGGGAGAAGAUGGCAACGUACCUGAGCAGACUGAUGGAGAUGAAGUAGACCCUGCGACAGCUGCAGAAGAGGAGGAAGCGGAGGAUUGUGAGGAACCCAGUGAAGCUGUGAAGAACCUCCGCAAAGCUUCGGCCAUCUCCUCCAUGGGGAACUGUUCACAACAAUCCCAGAAAGGCAGUGAGGAUGGGAGUGAUGGAGAAGACUGUAAGGAAGAGGGUGAAAUCAACAAAGAUGAGGAGGCUGGAAGCAACCCAGAGAAGAAGCCUGGAGCUAUGUAUGCUGACAUCGAAGAAGAAGAGGAAGAAGAAGACGAAGAAGAUCGAGCAUCCUCACCUGGAAGUGGUGGGAAGGCAGAAGAACCCAAAACCGAUGAAAAGGAAGAGAACAACAGCCAGGGCUCUAAAAAGAAGUCCGAGAACACAGAGGUCAUUGAUCAAGAUGACCUAGACUUUUAGCAUUAGAUGUAUUGAACCUUUGGGAGAAAGAUGUUUCCUUACACUUCCUAUGACAUGAGACUCUUUUUGUCAAUAGAGAGGACCAUAAUGCGGUAUUUUGAAAAAAAUACCUCAAUAUAUUUUCCAUGUGUGCAAGGAAGUGUGUUCCUCCUCUUUUUUUGGAGGGUAAAGACAUCUGUGGCAGAGAUCUCUGCUUUCUUUAGUGGAGGAGUUUCCUCGUUCUUGUUCUUUUGCACAUGAUGUUCCUGCGUCUUAUAAAUCUUCUGACAUGGGAAUAGCUACAAGCAGUGUAUAUAAUCUCAUCUCCAUAAAGGAACUAAGAGGCAUGGACCCCAGUCUUACCUGGAGGACCUAUUUGCUGAUUCCAGCUAUCACUUGAUCACAUCAAGAUGACAACGAAUGUCCGAGAGCAAGCAUCAAGCCUUCAUUUAUCUCAAUAUGUUAAAUGAAUGUUCAAAACACUGAGGUGCAUUGAUGCAUGUUGACAUAUAUUUGCACCAAGGCUGGAUUUUCAGUGUUUCUCCAUCUACAUCUGAGAAGAAUGGAACUACAGCACUGAUGGGUGGCAUUUAUUCCAUUCAUCUGUAUUGAUCUGAAGGACGUGGUUGGGACGCAGAUGUUGGUUGAGACUCUGGAGAACUGCUACCGAUCAGAUUACAGUAUAUUGAAUUAUAUGGACAAAGAGUCUGAUCUGGCAUAAUAAUGGAAUAUUUCCAUUAAUUCUGGUUUGCACUUCUCAACCCAUGCUAGUAACUAGGAAGUAAGUCCUACCGAAUGCGGUGGAACUUCUGAGUAAACAUACCUAGGACUAUGCUGUUAAUGUGGUAUAUUUCAAUGUAUCGACCUGCUUUCUUUUAAAUCUUUUUAUGCCCAAACGGGGAGGUAUUUUCAAGAUGUUUUGGUUGGAUAACGUGACUUUCUUUGUUGAAAUCCAGUUCUGGGCACCAAGGAUUAACAUUUGAAUCUUUCUGGUAAUCCCAGUGAAAGUAAAUGUAUUGAAUAAAUUAUACUGAUUUGAGGAUCCAGUG